AAGCUUUUUAACGAUGGAUAUUAUGGAGAAGAGGAAGAGGAGAAGCCUCAGUUUGAGGAUGAUGAUGAACUGGAGGAGCACUGGAACUGGGACACUUGGACCGGGGAGGAAGACUAUGGUGAAGAGCAGUAUGAUGAUGAUGAAGAAGAUUAUGAUCCCUCUGGACCCCACUGCGAGGAUGAAGGCUUUGUCAUGGAUGCAGACUACGAUCCCAGCCAACACACGGCCUCCAAGAAGAAGAAAAGGGAGAGGAGAAAACUUAAAAAGGAUGAUCUGCCUCAAAUGGGCAAAAAGAGAAAAAAAUCUGUGUUUGCAGAGGUCCUCACCAAAGCCAAGCCGGUGUUUGAUCCCCAGGAGAAAACCUUUGAGCAGUACUUGGACGAGUACUACAAGCUGGACUACGAGGACAUCAUUGACGACCUUCCAUGCAGGUUUCGCUACAGGCAGGUUGUGCCCAACGACUUUGGUCUGACCACAGAUGAGAURUUGAACGCUAACGACAAGGAGCUGAACCAGUGGUGCUCUCUGAAGAAGACCUGCAUGUUCAGGUCUGAGAGGGAGGAGCUGAAUGAUCUGAAGAACUAUAAGAUCAAGGCACAAAACUUGAAGAAGAAGAAAAAAAUCCUGAACUCUGUGUAUUCUGAGGAGGAUGAAGAAACUCCAAAGACUAAGCUGGGGAAGAAAGGGAGAGAUCGCCUGAAGAAGGCAGAGAUGACGAGCCCAGGAGCAGAGGAUGUCGACGCACUUUCUAAUCAGGACUCUGCAGAGAAGAAGCUCUCCAAAACUCUUCAUGAUGCAGUGGACAGCACAGAGGAAGAGGAGGUCCUAAUUCCCAAGAAGAAGAAGAAGCUGGAGGAUCAAGCCCACGUUACUGCUGAGAAGGAAACAGAUGAACCUGUUGAUGGGCAAAAGAAGACUGAUAAACCAAAAAGGCCCAAGAAGAAGCUCAAGCCUUUGGGCCGUCGUCUCAAACCAGGACAGAGGAGGGUGAGGAUAGGCGGGCGGGAGUUCAGCAGACAGAGACUGAGCGCCUAUGGCCUCAACCCCAAGAGACUGUUCUUCAGACAGCUGGGCCGGCAGAGACGCAAAGAUGAGAAACUGAAGCAGAAAAACAAAGAGGCGUAAAAGUUUUCACUGAGCAGCAGCAUCAGAAAUGACUGCAGUUUCAUUAUUUUAUUCAGUCAGGAACAUUUUUUCAUUGACAAUUUUCGUUGAAGUGACGAAUGUUUCUGUCUAAACUAUAUUUGUACAGUAAAUAAUAAAUCAUUUUAAAUCA